UCCAUCCCCUGAGGUAUUGUAAUAUUAGCUGCAGUGCGCCAUGCCACCUGGAGGGGGCGUAACGUUUCUUUUCCCCAGUCCGCUGCAGGACCACCACGUCCUUACGGCGGUGAGGGUGUGGACGUAGGCACUGUCCACACUGCUUGAAGACACUGGGACACCGCACUUACCGUCUCUUGCGGCUACUUCAUCUUAAUAUAUCUGGGUUUUGUGAGUGCCACCCCCAAGGCUGUGCAAUUGUGUCCCUCACUAUUUUGGGUGAGGGACGGAUGCACGCCACCACCUCCGCUGGCUAAAACCUACCCCAUCACCCAUCUUAAAAUCUGAGUACGGCAUCCGAGAUGGAUGACAUCUUCACGCAGUGUCGAGAAGGCAACGCGGUGGCCGUGCGCUUGUGGUUGGACAACACAGAAAAUGACCUAAACCAAGGGGAUGACCACGGCUUCAGUCCUCUGCACUGGGCCUGCAGGGAGGGCCGCUCCAGUGUGGUGGACAUGCUCAUCAUGAGAGGCGCCCGCAUCAACGUCAUGAACCGCGGGGACGACACGCCUCUGCACCUGGCUGCCAGCCACGGGCACCGGGACAUUGUGGGCAAGCUGAUUCAGUGCAAAGCAGACACCAAUGCAGCCAACGAACACGGGAACACACCACUGCAUUACGCCUGUUUCUGGGGCCAAGACUUAGUGGCCGAGGAUCUGGUGAACAAUGGGGGUCAGGUGAGCAUCUGUAACAAAUAUGGGGAAACUCCUCUGGACAAAGCCAAACCUCAUCUGCGGGAGCUCCUCAGAGAAAAAGCUGAGAAAAUGGGACAAAACUUGACCAAAAUUCCCUUUAAGGACACCUUUUGGAAAGGCACCACCAGAACUCGACCCCGCAACGGCACUUUGAACAAACAUGCAGGCAUUGACUAUAAACAGCUCUCUCUCCUGGCUAGAAUAAAUGAGAACCAGUCUGGAGAGUUGUGGCAAGGGCGCUGGCAAGGAAACGAGAUUGUGGUCAAAGUGCUAAAAGUUCGCGACUGGACCACGAGGAAAAGCAGAGACUUCAACGAGGAGUAUCCCAAACUCAGGAUUUUUUCCCACCCGAAUGUCCUACCCAUGUUGGGAGCAUGUCAGUCUCCUCCCGCCCCUCACCCCAUCAUCAUCACACACUGGAUGCCUUAUGGCUCCCUCUACAACGUGCUGCAUGAGGGCACCAACUUUGUGGUGGACCAGACGCAGGCAGUGAAGUUUGCUUUGGACAUCGCCUGCGGGAUGGCCUUCUUGCACACGCUUGAACCCAUGAUUCCUCGCCACUACCUUAACAGCAAGAGCAUCAUGAUAGAUGAAGACAUGACAGCCAGGAUCAGCAUGGCGGACGUCAAGUUCAGCUUUCAGUGUCCCGGCAGGAUGUACUCGCCCGCUUGGGUCGCCCCUGAGGCCCUGCAGAAAAAGCCGGAAGAGAUCAACCGACGGUCAGCAGACAUGUGGAGCUUCGCUGUGCUGCUGUGGGAGCUGGUGACCAGGGAGGUGCCUUUUGCAGACCUCUCCAACAUGGAGAUUGGCAUGAAGGUGGCCUUGGAAGGCUUGAGACCCACAAUUCCUCCCGGCAUUUCCCCCCACAUCUGCAAGCUGAUGAAGAUAUGCAUGAACGAGGACCCGGCCAAGAGACCCAAAUUUGACAUGAUUGUGCCCAUUCUGGAAAAAAUGCAGGACAAGUGAAAGAAAGCCCCUCUAUGUGUUGUGGACAUCUUACCGCGGAUGUUGGCGCUUGCCGGUAUUGCCUUAAACAUUUUUUUUUAUUACCGCAGCAUUGAGCAGCAGUGUAUUUUCUUUUUCAGUGUGUGUUUUUUUUUUGUCCUCAUUGCUGAUGCAGUCUUCUCAGGAGCUCAGCAAGACUCUCCAUCAUGUUGACUGUAAUCUUACGGACUGAAUAUAUAACCUGUGGAGGGCAACACCACGCAUCACCUCAGUGGGUUUUAGUUGGAUCGGAAUGGUCUAUUUAUGCUGGAAACCUGUGCCAUGGAACAUACUACCCCAAAGCAGGUCUUUUCCAGACCUGUCACCAUUUCUAGCAGACUUCUGUGAUGUGUAAAGCUGUCCAAUCCCAAGUGUUUCUUGUACAUCAUAUAAUAAUUGUUUCUUUUUCAAUGAGUUACAGAUUUCUUAUUUGCUCUUUGUAUUUUUAAAUCGGAAUCCACUAUUUUUACUUAACACCCCAUUUCCAAAAAGUGUAGCCUAAAUGUGCAUAUCUUAAUUAUGACGUUGACGUCUUUUAGUUGUACAACAUCAAUUCAAAAGUGCCUGAGAAGAGACGUGUUAUUUUAAAUGUUGAAUUGUGGCAAACAUGCAACCCUGUGUCCCAGACUGUAAAUCAACACAUAUAUUUUCAGCAUCAUUAUUGUUUCCUGACUUUUUAUGAUAAUAUUCUGUCUUUUACAGCUUUUUUUUCUGACUUUCAUUCAUUGCCCCACUCAUCAAUCUCAUUCAUCCUUCUGCCCGCCACCAGCUUUGCUCGUUUGUGCCCAAUCACAGGUUGUUGAAGCCAAAAUCUACAGCAAUCUUUACAAAUGUAUGUAUUUAUAUAUAAAUAUAUAUGAAAUUAUAUUAAAAUGAAAAGAUGUGUGGA